AUGGCACAAUUACCUCCCAAAAUACCCAACAUGUCCCAAAAUUGGCCUUCGUUUCCUCAUCAAAGAAUGCCCACAAUGGCAACCUUCGUUCCCACCACUACCACCACCACCACCAUGAAUGGUUCUAACCACCAGCCAUCGUGGGUGGACGAGUUCCUCGACUUCUCGACCGCCCGUCGUGGUGCUCACCGCCGUUCCAUCAGCGACUCCAUAGCCUUCUUUGAGCAACCGUUGGCGGAAGAAUGUAGGGACUCCAAUGCCAUGAUGAGGGAAACAAAUGUGUUUGAUCGCCUGGAUGAUGAGCAGCUCAUGUCCAUGUUCUCGGAUGAUGUCGCCAUGACCGCGGCGACGGCUCCAACGGUAUCUUCAUCGAAUCCCUCAACGCCGACGUCCGAUCAAAAUAGCAACAAUAAUGAGAAGCCAUUUCCAUCCUUGGAUCUGCAACAACCCAAGAAUGAACCAGGAGAGGUGGAGAGCUCGUGCAAACCUGAAACACAAUCUGCACAAGCUCCACCAACCACCAAUGGCGAUCCCAUCAUUGAUCCAAAGAGGGUUAAGAGAAUUAUAGCAAACCGGCAAUCAGCGCAAAGAUCAAGAGUGAGAAAGCUGCAAUAUAUUUCAGAACUUGAAAGGAGCGUAACAACGUUACAGACUGAAGUAUCAGCAUUAUCACCAAGGGUUGCAUUCUUGGAUCGUCAAAGACUGAUUCUCAAUGUUGACAAUAGUGCUUUAAAGCAAAGGAUUGCUGCUUUGGCUCAAGACAAGAUUUUCAAAGAUGCUCAUCAAGAAGCAUUGAAGAAGGAAAUUGAGAGACUAAGACAAGUGUAUCAACAACAACAAAACCUCAAGAAAAUGAACACCACCACCUCCGACAACAACAACAACAGCCACCAUGAAACACCGCAACAACAACAGCAGCCGCAGCCAUCGCUGCCACAGAGCGAAGAGCAACUUAUAAAUUGA